CCUCCUCGCGCGCGCUCCCGACUACCUGGCUCAACGCGCACGCACGAAUCUUUUGUCCCUUCGACUGCGCAUGUCUGCUUUUUGCAUCCCUUUUCGCCCGGAUUUCGUCGCAAUGACACGCGCGUGAUGGAAGACUGACGUGAACGCGCUUGUAGCAGCAGCAGCAGCAGCCAGCCAGCCUCUCCUGGAAUCUUCUCUUCUCCCCCCCCUCCCUCGUCCACCUCGUCCUCCACCCGCCAUCCUCCCUCCGGCGCGCACAGCAUCUCCCACGCGCGUGCGCGAGAACCCCACACCGCUUUUUUUUUUUUUUUUGUCUAUAGUGCGGACGCGCGCGCGCCACCCUCCCGAGGACUCGCCCGCGCGGCCACGCUGCGUCAAGAAGAGAAAAGAGGAGGGAAAAGAAGGGGGGAUUUGAAGCGGACCGAGGCACCAUCCGAGAGAGCGCAAACAUGAUGGCCGGCGGAGCAGUGCAGCAGAACGGCCUCUUCGCCACCCCGCACCACCACGGCCAGCAGCCGCACAUGGAGGCCGACCCUCCGGACUCCCGCAAAAGACCCCUGGAGACCCCCACUGAGGCCAGCAGCACCAAGCGCACUAACACGGGAGUGGCCUUCCUGCAGCCCCUUUUUGAAAGCGAAGGCAUUGUUUUCCCACACCAAGACACUGAGACCCAUGAGGAAGGCGAAUACUUCCUGAAGGUUUUGAUCCCCAGCUACGCGGCCGGCUCCAUCAUCGGCAAGGGCGGACAGACCAUCGUCCAGCUGCAGAAAGAGACUGGAGCCACUAUCAAACUGUCCAAAUCCAAAGACUUCUAUCCCGGUACUACGGAGCGGGUGUGUCUGGUUCAAGGCACGGUGGAGGCACUCAAUGGCGUCCACGACUUCAUCGCUGAGAAAGUACGAGAGAUGCCGCAAAGCAGCCAGAAGUCCGAACCAGUCAGCAUUCUACAGCCACAGACCACAGUCAACCCCGACCGCAUCAAACAGGCCAAGCUGAUCGUGCCCAACAGCACGGCGGGUCUGAUCAUCGGCAAGGGUGGCGCCACUGUCAAGGCGGUGAUGGAGCAGUCGGGCGCUUGGGUGCAGCUGUCUCAGAAGCCUGAAGGCAUCAACCUGCAGGAGCGCGUGGUCACCAUCAGCGGCGAGCCCGAGCAGAACCGCAAGGCCGUGGAGAUCAUUGUGCAGAAGAUCCAAGAAGACCCUCAGAGCUCGUCCUGCCUCAACAUCUCCUACUCCAACAUCACCGGGCCUGUGGCAAACUCCAACCCCACCGGGUCACCGUACGCCAACUCGGCUGAGGUCAUGCCGGCUGCGGCAGCGGCUGCCGCUGCCACCGCAUCCUCGCUCCUGGGUCAGGCGGGGCUGGCGGGGGUGGGCGCCUUCCCCGCCACCAUGUCCAGCCUGUCGGGCAACGACCUGCUCACCAUCACGUCCGCCCUCAACACGUUGGCCAGCUAUGGCUACAACACCAACUCUCUGGGGCUGGGACUCAACCCGGCCGCCACUUCUGGGGUCCUGGCCGCCGUGGCCGCCAAUGCCAACCCUGCGGCGGCGGCUGCCGCUAACCUGCUUGCGUCCUACGCCAGCGACGCUUCCACCAGCGCCGCCCACCAGGCGGCGGGGCUGGGCGGUUUCUCCCUGGGCUCGCUGGCCGCCGCCACCGGAGCCACCAAUGGCUAUCUGAGCGCCACCUCGCCGCUGGUGGCUUCCUCCUUGCUGGCCACCGAGAAGCUGGCGGAGGGCGCCAAAGAGGUAGUGGAGAUCGCCGUGCCCGAGAACCUGGUGGGCGCCAUCUUGGGCAAGGGCGGCAAGACGCUAGUGGAGUACCAGGAGCUGACUGGCGCCCGCAUCCAGAUCUCCAAGAAGGGCGAGUUCAUCCCAGGAACCCGGAACAGGAAGGUCACCAUCACGGGAUCGCAGGCGGCCACCCAGGCGGCGCAGUACCUGAUCAGCCAGAGGAUCACCUACGAGCAGGGGGUGCGCGCCACCAACCCCCAGAAAGUGGGCUAACCAGGAAUCAACAGAGGGAAGAGGAGAGGAGAGCGUCCCCCCGCCCCCAGCCCGCAUUGUCAUCUCAGUAUCCCCUCAUGAAAAAAAAAGUGCUGAGACGACAAAAAAAAAAAAAAAAAAAACAUGUGUAAAAUGUAAAUAAGUUUUAUUACUUAACGUCUUUCUGGACUUUUUAUUCCUUUAUGUUGCGUAAAUUAAGAUGUUUUGUUUGUGUACUGUGGACACGCUGAAUGACAGGAAGUAGGGGAGGGGAGCCCCCCAGCCCCACCGCCCACCUCCUGCAGGGUUUUUCUUUGCCCCUUUCCCCCUCUUUUCGCCCCCUCCUGCAAAGGUGUGCGUGUGACAGAACAAACGCACUUCCCGACUCCCAAAUCUUCCGUCCCACAUUGAUGACCUCACGUAGCGAGCGAUACUGUGCCGCGCGGCGUGAUGUCAUCUUCGCUAUUUAUUCUUUAUCCAGAGGAGUUGAAUGUACAUGUUUUAAUUUAACGUUUUUGAACUGCAGAUGAAUGCUAACGCCACAUAGUGUAAUAUAUGUCUUAUUUAAGCCGGGGCGACGUAACCUGUUUGAGGUCUCCUCGUUAGCGUCUUACCCCGGCCCCCUCCUUAUCUUCUCCCUGGCGCGCGCUAAAACAUAAAAUGGAGUCCCUGCCGGGAAAAGCACUCGGGACUAACUACUGAAAACAGGCGACGAGGGUGACAAAGUUCAAAGGUUACUGCCGUGCUCUUUUUGUGUCUUUUUGUGCUGUUUUUGUUUUGUUUCUUGGGUUUUUUUGUUUUUGUUUUUUACAGUCGGAGUACACUGAAUUGUUGUCUUAAUGCACUGUGAAGCGAGGGGACGCAACUGGAUGACUUUUAUGUAUGGCAGGGAACACUAACGAAUAUGAAAUAUCAAUGAUUAUAUAUGAAUAUUCCGCACGGUGAGGCGUCUUCAGGAAAGGACGGGAUGUCCAGUGGGAGCAUCAGGAGAGGGAGGGCUAACUUUUACUUCAUCGAUAGGACAGUAGUACUAGCUUGCGGGUGGCAGAACCAUAAAUGUCAUAUAUAUAUGGCUAGAUUGCUUAUGAGUGCGGUAAGCAAAUGGGCACAGACGUCGUCACUUGUGGGUCAUUUUGCGUCUGGGCCAUUCUGUAAACAUUUUUAGUCAAUGGAGCAUGUACAAUGAAAUCAUCAGCCACACAGUCAUAUAAAUGUCAAUCGAGCCUGGAGCAUAGCAGCGUUAUGACCAUUUGUUAUCGGCCAAACUUGGUGAAUCUGUCAAAAAUUUGGCAAGUUCAGCAGAUUUUAGUAGACUACGUGCUCUAUAAUAGAGCAGGCGAGAGAAGUCCACUUAAAAUUAACGCAGUGGAAGUACAAAUGAACAGUUUCAAUUUAUAGAGAUGCACGAUAAUAUCGGUCACCGAUAAUUAUCGGCCGAUAAUGGCAAUUAUGACGUCACACAGAUAAUCCAGAUGAAACGAAAUUCACCCGAUAAUGCAAUCCGAUAAUUAUAUACUUGAUUUAUCCUCCAAAUGUGUGCAAUCAACAGUUUUGUCCAAUUCUGCCUGUUUUAAGGAGGUGUUUUUGCAGUGUAGUAAUGUGAUAUAUGUUAGGAAUGGCUUACUUUUAAAGGCAUUUUUGUGCAACUUGGGUGUUUACUCUCGAAGUAAUUGUUGCCAAAAGCUUACCAUUACACAAUGUCAUUGCCAUUGUUUAGAUGUUGGAAUUUACUACUUGUUCACAUUUGAUGUGGGAAAAAAUUAGCACUAAAUUACAUUUUUGCACACUAACAUUUGAUCUAUGUAUACUUUAAAAUUUUACAUACACAUUUGAAUAGAAUUAUCGGCGUGACAUUAUCGGUUAUCGGGUGAAAGGGGCAGGAAAUUAUCGGUUAUCGAUAUCGGUUGAAAAAUGUAUUAUCGAGCAUCACUAUUUUCAAAUCACCUGUUGGAAAACCUUCCAAAAUAGAUGAAGAUUUGUAUCUUUCUCACUUAGUAACUGGAGGAGUUUCAAAAAUCCCUCCCGUUUUUAAGGGGUACUUUUGACGUUCGUCAUUCUUUUCUGCCACCCGGAAGUCCCCAAUCACCUAUAGCUGACUGAAAAGGUCUUAUUUGAUGCAAAUGUGAAAAGUCAGCUGCGGGGGUGCGUUGGAUUCAUUCACCCUGGCGAGCCCGUCCGAGUGAGAACUUCUUCCUCUCCAAUAGUUUGUCUUACGCUGGCGUCGCCGGGCCGGCGAGGCUCUCUGGUAAGGAGGCUUCUUUACUCCAUUUUGAACUUCAUCCUCACGCACCCCCACCCCCAAAACACCCAACUCACAUCCCGACGCCGCCCCCCGCCCUCGUCCGCCCCCUACCACAUCGCUCCACGGGCGGCGGCCAUGAUGCAUGCCUCCUCUUCUUCUUUGUCGUCGUCUUGUGCUGCUGCUGCUGAGGAUCUUUGAGGAGUCGAGCAGGCGGUCCCUCUCUUCUUGUAUUUGUCAUUCUGCUAACUCGGGUGCGCCAAUUAGAAAUACAGUGACCCCUGCCCGCUUUUCAUAGUCACGGUUUCUCGUUUUCGCUCAUUUUUUGUGUUUUGUGCUCAGGACAGAGUGAUAAGUAUUACUUUGACGUCUCCUUGUGGCGUUUUGAUGUCAACUUUGUGGAAGUGGGUUGAGGAGUUUCCUUUCGACGUGGUGCUUAGCCGCUUGGCGUCAAGGAACUAUGUUUAAAUUGAGUUUACUGGUUGCAUUUAAUCGUUUUGGGGGGGUUAUAAUUCCUCAUAUUUUCACGGGGUCACUGUAUUGAUGACAUAUCUGUGGCUUGAUUAGCAUUUUGAUUGGCUAGCGUGCAGCCUUGCAGACAUCCUGUCGCGGGCGCUGUUGUAGAGACAACCUCCUUUUGGAUUUGAUUUCACAACUAGCGGAGCAAUACAGGUUUUGUCUCGUCCUGUCCUUUCUUCCCAUUUUGACGCGUUUUGGAGGUUGUUUUUUUGUUUUUGUAUCGGUGGAAACGCUGCUGCUGAGAAAUGCGAACUGAAAAACAAACAAAAAAACAUAUCGCGUGUUAAGUUUGACUCGUUUGCCGCCGUAGACGGAAAUAGAUGUUCAAUCCAUUUGAAUUCAAACGGAUCGGACAUCUAUCGCCAUCAAUGGCGGCGAACGAGUUCAACAAAAGUCCUCACAUUUGUAAGUAGUCGAAAAAGCUGUGCCAAAUUUUUUUUUCUUGGAUUUGAUAUCGCAGACAAACAGUACUUUUUAUACCAGGAAAAUGUGAAAAAGUGCCAAAUGAAUGAAGCGUAACCGCAUCAGUGUUACGCCGGAUGCUCCCACAAUGCAACAGUGGAGGGGAUCAAUACAACAUAGCGAUGGCUUAGCAUAAAAAUAAUGUGACUCCCGAGCAUUCUUAAACCUUUUUCUAGUCAAGAUGUAUUUUGUGGGAAUAGAUGUUAACCUUUUUGCACGUAUAUUAUGCAUGACGUCAAGUGUGAACAAAAAAAAAAAAAAAUAGUCUAUGUGUCGUCCGUUAUCAACAAAAUCCCCAAACAAAACCCUCAAAAGUCCCAAAUCACAGCUUUCUUGUGUGUACCUUAUCAUUGCUCAGCCCACUGUUCACAUUUUUGUUUUUGUUUUUACACAAAUCAGUAUUUCAGUCGCGAUAUUGUCUUUAGGAAAAAGAACAAAAAAGAAGAGCUACCUCGGAAGCCCUAAAAUGAGUGAGGUGACUUCUAGUACUGCAGCUAAUUUGCUCCAAAAAACAAUUAAAAGAACAAAAAAAAAUAUUUGCACUACUUGUGUUAUACGCCCGAGCUUAGAUACGCAUUUAUGCUAGCAUGCUAAUAUGCUAACUGGACAUUUGCGACAUUUUUACAAAAAAUGUUCCUUUCUUAUUCCUUUCUGUUCUUACCAUCCAUAUUAUGGGACCCUUUUCUGCCCCUAUUCGCCACCAGUCACCCCUCCUGAAACUACCACUUUGAAAUACCAGCAAUUGUUGACUGCAUUUGUCAUAUCACUGUUUCCCGUUUCUUCUGUUUUUUUGGGGGGGGUUUUUUUGCUAGCUUGUGUCCGACUAAUAACAAGAUGCCAUUUGUGUGUGUGUGUCUGUGUAGACUGUUUACCCCUCACGAACACAUACAAGCCCCUUUCACACAUACGUUCCACGAAAAAAACGCAACAAUUCAACCCAACAUCUUCCUCGAAGUCAAAUUUUGGUUGAAGUAGCAAUGGCCCAUUCCGAGUUGGUCCAAAAAGUUUUGACAGACCGUGCGGAAGGUUCUUUAGAAAGCAUUGUGUUUUUGCUAUUAUAUUCUAGUUUUAGUGUUUUGGACAGAAAUGCUUUUUAGAUUCUUGUAUAGUUUAGUAGUUUCUUAGUCUAGUAUCAGAAUUCAUUGUCAAAAGAAUUCAAAGGUUUUAUUCGAAAAAAAUACAAGUAUAUUCGACAUCUACGCUAGCAUGCUUAAGUUAGCAGAGCAAACAAGCUAAAACAUUAGCAAGAACUAGGCGCUACAAUUUAUAACAAAUAUGUCAAAAUCAGGGUAGCCCUUUUAGUUCUAGUUUUUGGAUGAAAAUACUUGUUACAAGUCAUAUUUUAGUCAUAGUUUUAAUAAGAAUUUAAAGGUUUUAGUCUGGUUUAGUUAGCAUGAACUCGGUGCUCCAUUUACACACAAAAAAAAGUCAAAAUCUUGUCUCUAGCAGCCGUUUUAGUCUUAGGGGAGGAAAUACUUAUUAGUCUGUUAUACUUUUGUCAUUUCUUAGUCUAGCGUUAGGCGACAACCUCUCAAAAAGUUUUAUUAAGAAUUCAUAGGUUUUAAUCUAGUUCAUAUGUCAGCUAGGACGUUGAAGUUAGCUAACAUCAGCAUGAACUCAUCGUUCCAUUUGCACCAAAAAUAUGGAAAACAAACAUUACUUUGAUCACAGAUCACUUGAACGAAAUUGAAGAUAUUUUAAAAUGUUUUACAAUUUACCUUUGAAUACAGCAAAACGUCAUACAUUGCAAACGUCUAACAAGCAACUAAGCAUUUUCGUCUCGCCAGGCAAACAGUCAAAUGUCUCAUUAUAUUUAAUCAUCCGGGACACUUAGGGCCAUUUCAAAGCGGCAAUCGAGUGUGAAGGAUUCAGCGGUAACCCAUUCAUUGUGUAUGUGUGAGCGGACUUCUCGCCGAAAGUGAGCGCUGGACGGCCGUCUUGGGCGGAACAGCAAGUUUGAAUGUGCGCCGAGAGGCAAGGCCGAAAAUAGAGACUCGCUCUAUUUUCAGAGCGCCACCGCGCUUAUGUCAACAACGAAUCCGAUAGCAGAGGGGCAAGCGCACUUAUAUCUGUGCUAUAAAGCUGUUUCAGCGGAUGGAUACACACAAAUCACGGCCGACGAAAUCUUAAUAAAUUUGCUCUUUUUUUUUUCGCGAGCUCUGGGACACUCCAGAAAUGAUUCUCAUACCUCUCCUUGCUAAGCUCAUUUGUACAUGUGUGCAUUUGUGUGGAAAUGUAGUUCACGAACAACAGUAAAAACGAUUCACCAUCUCACUGAAACUAGUAAAUGUCUUUAUACGGCUAUUAUAAUGCCCCCUACUCCUUGAAAUAGGAAACAUCACUGUUUUCUUGUGCAAGAAUGAAAAACACGCAUUGGUGUGAGGGACUAUAGUAAAUAUGCUUGCCGCUUUUCACUUCCCGACAGCAUCAACGUCAGGCUACGUGGCUCCUCCCGUGGACCGCUCUCCAUACUGAGCUAACCAUAGUGUGAAAAGACCUUUAGUCUUAGUUUUUGGAUGAAAGCACUUGUUAGACAACGUCAUUUUUGAGUCAUUUCUUUGUCUAGUUUUAGUUAGAAUUGAAAGGUUUUAGCCUGAAAAAAAACCCAAAUUCUACCAGUAAACGAACAUGCUGAAUUUAGCAGUGCAAACAAGCCAACACGUCAGCAUGAAUUCGGCGCUCCAUUUACAUUAGAAAUGAGUCCAAAUCUUGUUUUUAGUAGCUGUUUUAAUAUUAGGGAGUCUGUCAUAUUUUUGUCAUUUCUUAGUCUAGCUUUAGUUGGCGAACUCUCAAAAGUAGCAAGUUUUAGUAAGAAUUCAUAGGUUUUAGUCUAUUUUUAGUUUCUAUGUCAGCUAGCGCGCAGAAGUUAGCAGCGCAGCUAAUAAAUUAGCAUGAACUCAGCGUUCAAUUUACAGGAAAAAUGUCGAAACCGUAAACAUUAAAAUAAUAACAGAUCAUUUGCGGAACAAAAUUGUUUAUCAAUGAUAUUUUCACAUGACGUGUGUUACAACUUUGAAUUAAGCAAAAAACGUUAGGGAUUGUGGACAUCUAACAAGCUACUUAGCACUUUCGUCUCAACAGGCAAAUGUCUCGUUAGUCAUUCGAGACGCUUAUUAAGCUUGUUAUCGUGAUCUCAUCGUCAACUAUUUUCGUUAUUGUUAACAAAAAAACCGAACUUCCCAAUUCGGUAUUGCUAGCUUCGACACGAAACGUCCCGCUGCCUAUGAUCAGCAGUGCAAAUGGUCUAAAAGCGAAACGUCUGUGUGAAAGGGGCUUCGUUCACACCCUCUUCUUUGCACUUCCACUGCCCACACACUUUAUCCCCUUCCUUCGUCACCAGUGCCAAACUUCCAGAGGACGCGCCCCGAAAAAGGGCGUUGCCGAUCAUUCCGAGCUUUGCGUCGCUCUCGCGUCGGGCCAGCAUGCUCCGCCCCUUUCAUCACAUGACGACACCCCCUCUCCCACCACCACCCUAGCACCUCGUCCCCCAGCAGGAUUAACCCUCCGUCCGUCCCAGGCCUGUCCCGCGAGCCGCCCAUCCCCGCCAGCUGCUUCCUAACUCUUCUCAUGUCGUUCUUCAGCUGUGGAGCGCCUCAUUGAUCGUGUGCCAUAGUGUUGGGGGGCACCUGUCACCCCUUCCUCACCCUUUCUCGCUGUCUCCUCUUUCGCUCCAUUUGUUGAGAAGGAGCUUGCAAACGCCCCAUUUUUUCUAACGAAGAUUUUUUGGGGAGCCAAUUUUCACCUCCUCCUCCUCCACCACGCCACCACCCCUUGCUCGCUCGCUCAUGAACUUUAUUAUCGAUCUUCCUCCUCUUCCUCCUCCUCUGUUCAUCUCCAGCUGUCGGGACAAUAACUCUCCAUUCCAUAAGUCCAAAAAAAAAAAAGAAAAAAAAAAACAACCUCUGUGAGACUGUGCAAUGCUCGCUGAUAUGAUUCUUUUUGUUUGUUUGUUUGUUUGUUUUCUUGGUUUCUUUUUCUUUGUUACGGAGACCCAGACGUGACGUGGGGGUGGUGGAGCAGUUCAUUUGCCAAUUUGUGGAGAGUGUUACUCCAUUUUGGACGUUAAAGACUAAAUUACUGACGGCAAUGGUUGUCUGAUUUUUAAAUACAUAUCAGGGUUCCUACAGGUUUCAUCAAGUGACAUAUAAGACUUUUAACCCACGAAUAAUGACUUUUUUUUUUUUUUUAACUCAUUGGCUGUCAUUGACGGUGCCAGACGUCCAAUCCGUUUAGACUGGGAGGGGCGAAUGAACGAACAAUCAAAGUGGAUUGGACAUCUAGCACCGUCAAAGGCAUUGAAAGCAGUUUAAAUGAAUUGGCUGUCUAUUGUCCUAAAUGGAAGGCAAAGAGUUAAAUACUAUGAAAAAGGGUUAGUAAAAAAGAAUAUACAGGUAGUCCCCGGUUAACGAACGAGUUCUGUUCCUGCCCUGGCAAUGUAACCUGGAUUUCUACGUAAAUCUGAAUUAGCCCUUUAAAUACAAAACACCCUCUAAAUUAAAAACAAACAAAAAAACUAUCAAAACACCUGUAUUAUACUCAGUGUUGGGCACAUUACUUUAAAAAGUAAUUAGUUAUAGUUACUCACUACUACAAAAAGUAACUGAGUAACAAUUACUCUAUUGUAAAAGUAACUAGUUACCAGGGAAAGUAACCAUUUCCGUUACUUUAAAAAGAAGUUGUUGUAUGUCAAAAAAAUUUGAAAUUUUCUGAGCAGUAUUCGAGUCACUUGAAUGGAGAAAAACAGACAGGUAGUUGUGAGUUUGAACCUUGUAAUAUUUAUCGCACCUCACCAGCAACAGAUUUAUCCUACACUUGAAGGGCAACAAAAAUAAAAAGAUUUGAAUUGCUUACCACAGAUGUCGACAAAAGCUUUGCCCCGGGACAUGAAUUACACUUUACAUGCACGUUCUUUCCUUGAAUAUUGGCCAACUUGAAAUAGUGUCUAUAUCUCCACCUCGUAAAGGACAAAUUUUCCUCUGAAUGCUCUGCCAUUAUAUCCCUCUGCAUCCGUUUUGCGUGUGUGUGUUUGCCGCACGCGCUGUGUUCCGGUUUGUGUGUGAAAACACCGGCUCUGAGGUACGUGCGCUAUUAGUUAUUUAUAACGGCGUUAUUCCUAACACUGAUUAUACGUCAUUGUACUGUCCUCGUCAAGACGUUGGAGCUAAGUCCUAGCUAGACAGUGACGAUGUCAGACGUCCGUGUGGUUUGCGGACUUUAUUCAGCUGCUCAUGACAACAUUUGCAGAAUUAAGCUAAAAUAAAAUGAAAUUAAAUCAGUCUCAUCUUCAAUAACAGCAAUUCAAAUUUGCGUUUAUAAGUAGCUGCUGAUACAGCAAUAGGAAACGAUUAGCAUGUAUCAAUUAGCGUCCGCACAUCAUCAAAAACAAUCAUAUAAACUCGCCCCAAGUAUUUGACCACAAUUGAAAACGCACAUUAAACCGCCGUCGCCUCUGGAUGUUUCACAAGCAACCAAUAUGCGCGCAGGCUGUCACCUCUUCGCUCAGCUUCUUCCUCAUGUGGGCGUGUGCCGUCACUUGUGGGUGUGUAAAUGCUGUCGCGUGCUGAAGUACAACCUGCUCUACGCUUCCUGCGCCAGAAUUAAAGCAUGCAUCACAAAACAAAAGUCAACCCCAAAAAAAAAAAAAAAAAACGACGAGAGGCAGGCGUUGUAUAGUCAAAAUUGCGCAGUUCGGGUCCAUUGUAAACUGUGUUUUUAGUCAUUUUAAUUUUUAUAAUUUACAUUGCAAUAACAUUCAAAUACAGACAGUCCCUGGGUUACGAACGAGUUCCAGUUCUACGCUAGCGAUGUCACGUAACCCGAAUUUCCGCGUAAAUCGGAAUUAAACCUAAAUACCCCCUAAAAUUCAAAAUAACUCGUGUAAAAAAUGGGUUAGCGAUUAUUGCACUGUCCUCGCCAAGACCUUGGAGCUAAGUCCUAGCUAGACAGCGAGCUAAACUCAGAUAUAACGAUUUCAGACGUCCGUGCAGUUUGCUGACUUUAUUGAGCUGCUUGUGACUUGCAGAAUGAAACUAAAUUAAAAAUGAAAUUAAAUCAAUCUUCCAUAACAGCAAUUCAUAUUUUCGUUUACAGUGAUCCCUCGUUUUUCGCAGUUAACGGGGACCCCCACUCACACAAUAAUCGAAAUCCGAAAAGUAGAGGCGGCGCUUAUUUACAUUUUUUUUCUUUUUUUGGUGUGUACAGUGAUCCCUCGUUACUUCACACUUCCAACUUUGUACCUUCAGUCCAUCGCGGAUUUUUUUUUUCCAAUUAAAAAAAAAAUACAAAUGAGCUGUCCCGAGCCACUCGCGUAGUCUCACUCUCGCUCCCUCACACGUUGAUUGACGGAUGAAUGAUUUUUUUAUCUUGGCAGAGUCACAAACUUCAAAAAUUGCCGCAUGCGUCAAUCAUCUUGAACUUGUUAAACAGUUGCUGUGGCAACUCAUUGUGUGUAAGUGAGCAACUCAAGCGGAAUUGAGAGGACUCACUCAAUGGAGCAUUUAAUAAAGCCAAGCAUUUUUCUACAUCUUUAUUCUUGUUAAAAAAUGAUUCGGUGGGACAGUAACAUAUUUAAAACUUUAAAACACAAUUAUUAUAUUUGAGGUGCUUAAAAAAAUUAAUCAAAAUAUUUUCUAAUUUUUAAUCAUACUUUGGGAAAAAAAAGUGAAAAACAUGUCCUAUACAUAUCUUUUUCCAGUGCUAAAUCUGAAUAAAUACAUUGAAUACACACACAAAAAAGAAGAAAAAAAUUUGGGGUGGUGGGGGGUUUCACUACUUCGUGGUUUUUCACUUAUCGCGGCGGGUUCUGGUCCCCAUUAACCGCGAAAAAUGAGGGAUCACUGUAUUUAUUCAAAUUUAGAACUGGUAAGCGAUACAUACAAGACAUGUUUUUUCCCUUCUCCCCAAAGUGGAAUUCUUUAUUAAAUGCUUCAUUGAGUGAGUCCUCUCAAAUCCACUCACGCUGUUUAGAACAGCACACAACACACUACAAUUCAGCACCUUUGAAAUGUCCAAAUUAUGUAAUUUGGUCAAAAAUUGUAGGACUGGAUACAUUUUAAACCUUUUUUUUGGGGGUUAAUCGUUUACGGAAAAUUUUGCAGGGCCGUUUAAAAAAUUCCCUACGUCGAGCGAAAAUUCCGGUCGUGUCAAUACUUGAACGGUGCCGAUCGGUGCAACGAUUCGGGCUGAAAAAACAAGAAUAAGAUGUACAAGAAAAAUUAAAUAAGUACGAUAAAGUUGCAGAACAACACUAUCUGGUUUUUUUCAAAGACCAAAAAUAGUCAUUUUUUUCUAUAAAGGGUUAAAGGUCUUAAGUGUCGACUUUUAGUAGUUACCUCUCUCCCUGAAAGGUUUAAGACACUUUAUCAAGAUUAUUACUUUCUAAAUUGGACGUCCAUUGCCGUCAAUACAGGCCAAUGAAGCCACAAAACUGUGUGAAAAAAUGUAUAUUUGUGGCUACAAAAUAAUUGUGUCCAUGAAUUUUUUUUUCUUUACCCCCAAGUAAUGUCUGGUGCUCCGUAUUUUGUGGCUCAUCAUCGGGGACAAAAAAAACUUUAAAAAAAAAAAAAAAAAAAAAAAAGGGCGACUAUCAACAGAAAAAAGUUGUUUCUUCACCUUUUUUUGUUGUCAUUGUAAAUAAUCUUAUUUGUGCAGGGCGGGGCAGCAUAAAGACUUUAGCUGUGCUCUUGUUAGUCGUGUUCGUCGUAGCUGCUGUAUUUCCCCUUCGUUUAACAAGCCGGACAUAUCAAUUCCCUCGAUUUUUGUUUUUCUUGAGCUGGCUCGCGGCGCUGCUAACUUUGUGCAAUACAGUCGAGUUUACAGCCAGCCAUCAACACAUAUCCUCCUCCACGCCAUCACAUGAUCAAAAAGUAUUAAUACCGCUAGUAAGUGAUGAUUUUUCAUUUCACCGCAUGGCUCUCUGUGACUUCCACCCCCCUAAUUUUAUGCUGCCCGUCGCCCCAUUUCCACACACACGAGCUAUUUAUUUUCUAACUCAUGAAAAAUAUCAAGUCAAAAGGGAACGACUGGAAGAAAAGAAAAAUUUUCAUUAUUUUUUUUUUUUUUUUUUAGUAUCCUAAUAGUGGUUGCUUUUUAACACCGUUGAUGAGCUGACGUUAAAAAAAAAAGUAUUGAAUAUUUAAUGUAACUGUAGCAUUGUGUUUGUAAAGAGACAAAAAAAAAACAACCUAGUGAGUUUGUGUUUGUUAACUUGUGGAUUACCAGUGAAGUGAAGGCCAUCUAGUGCUAAAAGUAAUACUACUACUACUAAUAAUAAUAAUUACUAUUAUUAUUAUAUGAUAUAUGAGGUCAUUUUCUAAGGAUUCUUAUUUUGCCACAGCAACAGCAGUCAUUAUAAAUGUUCAUUUUAGCAUCA